CCCGGGAGCGCGCGCACGCCGCGCUUCCCGGGCUCAGUAUGUGGCGCGUUCCCCGCCAGCUGUGUGUGCACGUCGCGAGGGGAAGCCAGCUUUCGGGCCCUUGGAGUAGGCCUGCCGCCUUCAUGUCCACUCUGCUCAUCAAUCAGGCCCAGUACGCUUGGCUGAAGGAGCUCGGGCUCCGCGAGGAAAACGAGGGCGUGUAUAAUGGAAGCUGGGGAGGCCGGGGAGAGGUUAUCACGACCUAUUGUCCGGCUAACAAUGAACCAAUAGCAAGAGUCCGACAGGCCAGUGUGGCUGACUAUGAAGAAACGGUGAAGAAAGCGAGGGAGGCUUGGAAAGUCUGGGCAGAGGUUCCUGCUCCGAAGCGAGGAGAAAUAGUGAGACAGAUUGGGGAUGCUUUGCGGGAGAAGAUCCAAAUACUAGGAAGUUUGGUGUCUUUGGAGAUGGGGAAAAUCUUAGUGGAAGGUGUGGGAGAAGUUCAGGAGUACGUGGAUGUUUGUGAUUAUGCCGUUGGCUUAUCGCGGAUGAUUGGAGGACCCAUUUUGCCUUCGGAAAGACCUGGCCACGUGCUCAUUGAACAGUGGAAUCCUGUAGGCCUGGUUGGCAUCAUCACUGCGUUCAACUUCCCGGUGGCAGUGUAUGGCUGGAACAAUGCCAUCGCAAUGAUCUGUGGGAAUGUCUGCCUUUGGAAAGGAGCUCCAACAACUUCGCUCAUUAGUGUAGCUGUCACAAAGAUAAUAGCCAAGGUCCUGGAGGACAACCAGCUGCCUGGUGCGAUCUGUUCCCUGACCUGUGGUGGAGCGGACAUCGGCACAGCAAUGGCCAAAGAUGAGCGGGUGAACCUGCUGUCCUUCACCGGGAGCACCCAGGUGGGAAAACAGGUGGCCCUUAUGGUGCAGGAGAGGUUUGGGAGAAGUUUGUUAGAACUUGGAGGAAACAAUGCCAUUAUUGCUUUUGAGGAUGCGGACCUCAGCUUAGUUGUUCCAUCGGCUCUCUUCGCAGCUGUGGGGACAGCUGGGCAGAGGUGUACCACCGCGAGGCGCCUGUUUUUACAUGAAAGCAUCCAUGAUGAAGUUGUAAAUAGACUUAAAAAGGCCUAUGCGCAGAUCCGUGUGGGGAACCCAUGGGGCUCUGAUGUUCUCUAUGGGCCACUCCACACCAAACAGGCAGUGAACAUGUUUCUGGGAGCAGUGGAGGAAGCAAAGAAAGAAGGUGGCACCGUGGUCUAUGGUGGCAAGGUCAUGGAUCGCCCUGGCAAUUACGUAGAACCGACAAUUGUGACAGGUCUGGCCCACAACGCGUCCAUUGCACACACAGAGACGUUUGCUCCGAUUCUUUACGUCUUUAAAUUCAAGAAUGAAGAAGAAGUCUUUGCUUGGAAUAAUGAAGUGAAACAGGGACUUUCAAGUAGCAUCUUUACCAAGGAUUUGGGCAGAAUCUUUCGCUGGCUUGGGCCGAAAGGAUCAGACUGUGGCAUUGUGAACGUCAACAUCCCCACGAGUGGGGCUGAGAUUGGAGGUGCAUUCGGAGGAGAAAAGCACACCGGAGGUGGCCGGGAGUCUGGUAGUGAUGCCUGGAAACAGUACAUGAGAAGAUCCACUUGUACCAUCAACUACAGUAAGGACCUUCCUCUGGCUCAAGGAAUCAAGUUUCAGUGAAGGUGACAGUAAAUUGACGUUACUUCAGAUUUAUAGGCAUUCUUGCAACUCACUCUUCUGAAGAUGAAGAAAAUUAAGAUUUGCCCUGAAUAAAUGCAUCAUUUUGAUUACAACAGUGGCUAGUCUCUUAACCCUCAGGCCCCAGCUAAAUCAAGACUUAUUUUUUAAAAAUAAAACUAAAUUGUCUUGACAUAGCCAUAUCUAGUAAAAGAUAGGAUAAAUUUUUUGUUACUAGUAGUUUGUAAGUUUAAGAAUUUUUUAUUAUAGUUUAGAAAAAAAAGUAGAUGCAAUAGGAGGAAAUUGGAAAAACAGAAUAGAAUGGAGAAGAAACUAGAAGCCUUCUGGGUAGAUGCAGGAACAUCUGCUGAGUGUGAGUAAAGAUUGCCGUAGUGAAUAUUGACUCACAUUAGCCUCUAGUGUGUUUGCAGGGAGUGUGUUUGUGUUCCUUGCAUGUGGAUUAGCGCAGCACAGCACCCAUGUGGAAUGACUUGCUCUGUAUGAAAUGACUAAGGGUCUUUAUCACCAUUAUGACUUCUCUUGCUCAUAUUGGCUUGUGUCACCACAAAAAAGAUAUGCAUGGUGGACAUAGGUUUUGCACCUGCCGAGGACUCUGUGUCUAUGGAAAGUGUGUCUGGGUUUCUUACGCAGCCUUAGACCAUUUUUAUAGCUAUUACAUUUGUGCACUUGCCCUUGGAUUUGUUUGGGGAGACUGACCAUCUGUGUGUGGCAGCAUGUGGUUUUUUUGUGAAAGGAGGAAAGUUUAUUCAUUCGUGGCUGAGAAUCUGCCUCUUUCUCUUGGGAAGCUGAGCCUUUAUAGUGGUUCAACCCAGCCUGUGGAGCCCACUUUGGCUCUUGAAGGUCUCGUCUUCCUGGCAGUCUACCCUACCGACCUGGGCAGAAGCCUUUCAAGAAGAUGACAUUUGUAGAUAACCUGAUGCAUCAGGGUGUGUGGAGAGAUUUGGACAACUGGCAAAGAGUGGGUUGAGUUAGGACAGAGAAGUAAGCAAAUGAAAAAACAAAGCAAUUAAAAAUUUAUCAGGGUGGGAAAGGUAUUCAUAAUAUGUCCCAUGGCGUAGCUGGGGCUAGGGCUUACCAAGGCAUGCUAUUGUCAACCUUGAAUAUUAAUUAAGUGAAAUGCUGGUGAUAGAUACCUGUUGAGAGCAUAUGGGCAGGAAGAAGUCGGGGUUACAUGAAAGAGGUGGACAGUUCCUGUUCUCUAGUGGAAAAUCAGCAAUGGCUAAAAGUACAGAUGUAAGAAAGAGUUAAGAAAGGUUGAUGGAGAUAGGUAAAUUCUGAAAGCAGUGUUGUCUCAGGAGGACAAAUGGGAGGUCAGGUGUGGAGAUGGGAGGGAUGGCUGUUUCUCAGAAUAUGUCUUAGAGAACUGUUUGAUUCUUUAAGUCAAGAGAAUGUUUAACUUUGAUAAAAAUUAAAGCCCACAAAAAAGAAAA